GAAUUCCAUCCACUGCUGUCAGGAAUGGCUGCAGGGAAAGAUACUUGUCCUACUUUGCCUAAACUCAGUAACAACUGCUCUGAUGAGAGUCCCUACAAAUCUGCUAAUAAGUAUGAGGAGAUUCAUUUGCCACGAUUUUCAUUAAAGCAAGGGAUGAUCCCAACACGUUAUGUUAUGCCUUGGAAAGAAAACAUGAUAUUCAGGAAUGUGAAUCUGCAGCGAGCAGAAGUGUGUGGAAUCCAUACUGGCCCUUUAGAAGACUCUCUGUUUUUGAAUCACAGCGAAAGGCUUUGCCAUGGGGAAGAUCGCAAAGUUGUCUUGCAAAAAGGCCCACCAGAAAUAAAAAUUGCAGAUAUGCCUUUGCAUUCGCCUCUCUCCAGAUACCAAAGCACUGUGAUUUCCCAUGGCUUCAGGAGGCGACUAGUCUGAUGAAAGAAGAAUAAAAUAAUAAAGUGUUUCAAUCUCUGCUCUC